CUUUCACCCACUCAUCGAACUGUGCAUCCCCCCGCCCUGAUCACGCCAUACGCAAGGUAGUAGCCGCAACGUCCAGCAUUUAUCACAGGUGUCCUAGCUCAAAGCCUCACAGCACCCGUCAAGUUGUGCACUUGUGUCAUAUUCUGCCUGAACCCAGAUUUUAAAGGCACCUCUUUCAACUAAGGUACCUCAGAAUGGCUUCCAUGGGAAAGAUCAGCGCUGUCGCUAUUUCCAUCCCGAAUGAACUCACCAUUGCGGCCGCUGCCUUCAACAUCGACUUCACCUUGCUAAAGAUGGAGGCACCAAAGGAGUACCAAGGUCUGGGUGCCGCUCUGUCAGCUAAUCGCCGAGCAGAAGCGGAAUCAGGACAGUCUCACAUUACUGCACGCAGGCUCGGGGCAUUAUUUGACUCCAAGCUCACCCGAGUUCCUCACCUCAUCGAUGCCUACGGCAAGCGAGUAUCUGAGAUUUGCGCAACCAUGGCAGAGAAUGCUCAGAGUUUCCCAGAAGGGGCCAUAUUUGGUGCUCAAAUGGGUGCUGACGGAACUAAUAUUUGGGCCGGGGCAACUUCUGGGAGUGGAGCCCUAGCCGUCCAUCUCCUAUCGUGUCUGCUCGCGAGGAUUUGGAAGAGCCACGAGGCAAUCUCGCUAUGGGUAGAGUUGGUUGAGAAAAGAAAACAGGAAAUAUUGUCAAGCUUCAACAGCGGGAGUGCAACUGAUACCGCCUCGGUCAUGGCGGCACAGCAAAUUGUCACUCGUGAGCAACUCGCUGCAUGGGACGCCAGCGCCCGAUCCUGGCUUCAUACAGCGGAUUCAAUCAAGCGGUUGCAGCAGACUCAACUCACGCUUAUUAUGAACAAUAUCAGAAUGCCGGUGAACUCCAGCAAUGAGCCAUACGAAAGCGUCAUGAAUGCGUGGAUCUCUGCGAUGGAGGCAAUGGAGCGUCUUGUCCAAGGGAUGCCCCAGAGAGUUCAGGACGGAUCCAUUCUUCUCGCAAUAUCGUCUUGGCAUCUUUACCCCAACAUGCAUAUCUUGGUUGAUCAACCCAAGGAAGUGGACCAGAAAGAUGCGCUCAUGAAUGGCGCCAUCAUCACAAUUUCUGGUCAACAGUCAUCCACUGACCGAGAGGGCGUGUACUGGUCCCUGCCUCUCGCACGGAUGCGAUAUUAUGCGCCUCCCGAAAUAGCAGAACGCAGAAUGGCAUCCGACACCUCUCGGGUCACCAUCGACGAGCUCUGGGUCGUCAUUCUCGGCAUCCUUAUCGGACCGUGGUCCCAAACCCAUCUUGGCAUCGACCAGUCAUGUGAAUUUAUCAAUCGUCUUACGAAACGUGUCAACUCAUCCGGGAUUCCAGUGCGUUGGCUGGAUUUGAUUUCCAAAGCUGCCAACAGAUACCAAGAAGCGGAAGGCUGGGAACGAGAGCAAGUGACCAAAUUGUUCCACCUAGGCAGCAGGAGAGGCAAGCGUUUCCUUUCCGAAUACGACACCAACCUGCCGCCCUAUUUUCAGUUGAAUGAUUUCUCCGUUCUACUUGGGAUGUUCAAAGAAGACACUAAAGGGUUGCCCGGCCUCGGACCAAUGAAAAAAAUAACCGCCCUUCGACAUAUUGCACAAGGGCUGAAAUGCUCCUCUGAUGACCUCAUGAUCCGAUUCUUGACCGAACCCAAGGUUAAUGACGAAGUUGCUGCCUAUGGAUAUGCAUCCGCACUUCCCGUUGCACGAAAAUCUCUCAAGAGAUCUCGUGGUGAGGCUGAGAAUAUGGCAGACGGUCAUGUCCGCUGGAUAGUCGCAAGCUAUGACAAUCCUAAGAUAGCAUGUGAGGGCAGAGAUUGUUCUUGCAUGCAGGGUUCACUUGAUGGUUGUUGUUGCAAUGUCAACGGCGAGCCAUGCACGGAAUUCUGUCACUCUAGCGGAUUCGCCUGCAAGAAUUCUCGUUCUGUUGUGUCUUUCAGAUGCUCUAGUAACGGACUGGGCUGCUCAAAACGACCGUAUUGUCAUGGCUGCUACAACCGUCUGGCGCAAACCCUCGUGAGUAAAGAAGGAGAAGAUUGCCAACUUGUUCACGAUGUGUUCGAAGAAAUUAAUAAUUUGCGUUUCAAGCUAUGCAAAUCGAAUAAGAAUGGGCAGUCGGAGACGAUAGUUUUUGAAUAUCUGAUCGGAGAUCCGUCAGUGGUGUCUUUAUUCAAGCGAGAAUGCGUCCAAAUUAAGCGAAACACACAAGCGGGCAGUUCCAAACAGGCCAAUCCUGGUGUACCAGCAAUUGUAGAGACGGAAACGGAAGAAUUUUUCAACCCUAGCGCAACCGCUUCAUUGGAUGAUAUUGAUGCCAUACUUGCUGAGCCGUUUUGCAACGACAAUCUAAUGGCGUAUCUACGGAAUAUUUUCUUACACUCACCGUCAUUGGACUGCAGUAUUGCCGCCUUGGACUUUGCGACUUCGAUAUACGAGAAACUCGACGGGGCCACGGUGAACCUUGAAAUACUUAACCUAACAAUACCUACACUUCGAUGGACCCAUGGGCUUAGCACCUCCCGCGAAAGUGUAUUCAAGUCCACUUCGCGGGACGCUCGGAUGUCCACCCCCAAUAUCACUUCAAACCGAGGCUCAGAAAGUCUACCGGAGUGGUCUCCCCCGGAGUUGUUUGAUGCUUCUCUGAACCCAGGCCCCGUUGCUUAUUUGGAGCGAUGCUUUGCUUGUUUAGCUAUGUUCGAGUCUGGACAAUUCGAUGUCGUACCCAAAUCCCUUCGAGGAGUGUUCGCCUUAUCAUCUGGAGAUUCAAUUUUUGUUGAUUCGGCGUUAUUGGCUGAUCCAACGGUGAACUCAUCAAAGCUGCAUAUCAAACGAGUCCUUGGAAACCUGGGCCGUCCUGGGAUGGCGUUUUUAGUCUCCCCAGCAAAGCCAAGAUUGAAAGAAUACAGUCUCGCAUCGUGGCGCUUGAUUAACCAUUUUCCCUUCAAAGGCGAAUUUCGAAACUCUUUUAUAGGAACUUCGUUGCAUCUAUCUUUCACAGAUUUUGAGAUGCCCAUUGAUGUAGGUUGGCGGGGCCUGAGAGACACUCCAGUUGUUUUAGUCGAGGCCCUCGUAUCUCUCGAUGACCGCGGAAAGGCUCUAGGAGAACUUGAUAUUAUGAAUCUAUGCGGGAACAGGAGAUAUGCUAUGCUCCAAGGAUGCCCGCAUACUUGUGCAUCUGUUGCGUCAUCGAGCACACUUUCUACAGUGUCUAUUCCUCAAGAAGGCUGGCUUCAAAAUUCUCUGGUAUCUAUCGACUGCUGGGAUGAAUUUUUGGACUUUCCCAACUCAAGAGGGAUUUUCAUGACUACCGGUAAUUGGCAAGCCCGAUUAGCUGCUGUCGCGGCAAGCAUUCAACAAGGGAAGAAGGUUCUAGUCUUACCUCCAGCGCCAUGCUUGAAAUGCCUUGGAACUUACCAGUUGGGCGACUUUAAUGUGAUCAUUGGAUAG